UUCGGAACUCUACCAGAGCAAACGAUUACCUCUAAUUUAAGCCGGAAAAACUUUUCUGCGUUAUCGUUCGCGACGAGUUUUCGUUUGCUAACCUGCGCCACCUCUCUGCAUGGGCUUACUCGAUCAUCUCUGGGAUGAUACCGUCGCUGGUCCGCGGCCGGAUAACGGUCUCGGCAAGCUUCGGAAACACCAAACCUUUAGUUUCCGGCCGAGCUCCGGAAAUGAUCAAUCCGAGGGUGGGAGCGUGGAAUCGACGGACGAGGCGGUGAAAGUCACCCGCAGCAUCAUGAUAGUGAAGCCACCGGGAUACCAGGGCGGGUCAGCUCCGGUAUCAGCUCCGGUAUCUCCGGCGGGUUCAACACCUCCGGUAUCUCCUUUUUCCGGUGCGAGCGGAGAAAAUGCAGGAGGAGGGAAGGAGUCGUUUAGGUUUAGGAGAAGGUCGUCAACUGUGGAGGCAUUCGACAAGGCAAGCGAGGCUGGACCAAGGAGCUCUCCUCCUCCUUACGGCCUGUGACAUCUAACUCUACGUACGCCUUCAUCGCCCCCAAACACGACAAAGGGUAAUACCGUAAUUUCACCACGGUUCCGAUGACCGUGGUUUUUUUAUUUGCGGAGGAGAAGACAGAGAGAGGCUUGUCGACUUUGGGCAUGUUUGGGUUUCUUAGGCCGAGAGCUUUUGGUGUGUUUGUUUGUCUGUUUGUUCGGUUGUCUGUGAUGCAUAAUGUUUAAGAUGUGAUGUGAUGAUGAUCUUUUUUAGGCUUUUGGGUAAAUGGUAAUAUGUAAAUGUUUGUAAAUUUUUCCUCCAAAUAAAAUGUAAAUGUUUUUGGUGCAAAAGUU